CAACACCAUUUAUAACCUGCGCUAACUCGUGCCAUGCCUCGCGUUGUCUCUCUCUAUAUACACUGCAGAAAGGCGUCAAUAAAAUAUACAGCCAUUUUCCCUUCUCAUAUCUCAUCAUGACACCAACAAUUGAAGAACUACUAAAGGAAUACGACUUUGAUCCUUCCCUCAUCGACAGGAUUGCAUUUCGCAAACACAAACAACCUAUCGCCAUUGUUGAACCCGAUCCAAAAUGGCCAGAGCAUUUCGCCCGUGCAAAAGCGCGCAUCGAAUCCGCCAUCGGCGAUACAGCAGUGUCAAUCAACCACGUUGGCUCUACCAGCGUCCCAGGUCUGCCAGCAAAAGCUGUAAUCGACAUUGACCUAACCGUCAAAGACAUCAACGACGAAGCGUCCUACGCAAAUGCACUUGAGAAUGCUGGCUUCCAUUUUCUUGUAAGAGAACCCGGAUGGCAUGGACACCGCUUCUUCUGCGACUACGAACCCGUGCCGACGAAUCUGCAUGUUUGGGGUCCUGGAUGCCCCGAGGUGGUGAGACACAAGAUCUUUGCAGAUUGGCUGAGCAAGAAUGAGGACGAUAGGAAAGCUUAUGAGAAUAUCAAGAGGGAGGCUGCGAAGGCGAGUGCUGAGAACGGGGAGGAUGUUAUGGAGUAUAAUAAUAGGAAGCAGAACGUCAUUCGUGAGAUUCUGCAGAGGGCGUUUAAGGAUUUGGGAUACCUGUAGCGCAUGCCAGGGUCUUGCUCUGGGACUAAUGAUGGAUUGCGGGCGAGAAAGCAAUAGAAUAUUAGGCGAGAUCAAAAAGGUUACAAGAGCUGAUUUGGUGAUUCCUCCAAAAGGAAUUCAAGAGUUUGGCAGUAC